AUGUUUCAACUACUAAAUAAUGAUAACCUCCAAGUCGCCAUUAUCGGCGGAGGACCCGGUGGUCUCGCAAGUGCUAUUGCCCUGUCCGCGUUGCCAAACGUGGAAGUAACCCUGUACGAAAAGGCUCGUGAAUUGAGGGAAAUUGGGGCCGGAUUAAAUAUUGGAUAUAACUCGUGGCGUGUUUUGGAACUUCUCGGAGCGAGGCAUGAGGUCAAUGGGCAUUUAAUUGAUGAAGUUCAGCAGCGUAAUGGGAUCGACGGUGCACUUCUAAAAAAACGUGGACCAUCCGCGUUGCCAGUCAAGUAUCAAUCACGUCGAGUAAGGCGAACACGUCUUCAAAGAGCUCUACUCAACCAGGUCCCGGCCGGAAUUAUUCACCUACGAAAGGAAUUAACUUCAAUAGAGGAUGUUCCUAAAGGUGGAGCAAAUUUAAAAUUUUCCGAUGGAACAGUGGCGUUUACUGAUUUGGUCGUCGGAGGUGAUGGAAUCCGAUCGGUUGUGAGACAAACCGCCUUUCCUGACCACAAUAUCAAAUUCACUGGAACAACGAUAUGGCGCACACUAGUGUCUCGGUCACUCAUCUCGUAUAUCCCCGACGUCCCAACUUGCACAUCCUGGUGGCAUGGUACAGCGGGUCACGUAUACUUUUCGCCGGUGGAUGAUCCAUCGGAGACAGACGAAAAGGAUCAGUUAAUUGAGAUCUCGGCCAGGUUCCUCGUUGAUCCCGAGACUGAUAAUGCCAAACGAUGGAGCUGGGGAGUACCAACUACAAAUGAGAAUGUAGAGUCGCAUUUUACGAGCUACGACCCUAGGGUGAGAGAAGCCCUAUCUAAAGUUCCGAAGGAUAAUUGGAAGGAAUUUUCCGCAUUUGCUGGUCCACGGUUGAAUGAAUUACAUGCAUGGAACAAACUCGUCUUGAUAGGCGACGCAAGCCAUCCUUUGACUGGCGCAUUUGGUUCCGGGGCCGCAUUCGCAAUGGAAGAUGGCUGGAUUCUUGCGCGAAGCAUUGAAUAUGUAUUCUCUACUUCCGCAAACGAGACAUCAACAUUCUUGAAAACAGAUAGACUUAAGAAAGUCGUGGAAAUUUUCGAUGAGAUUAGAUCACCCUAUUAUGCACGCAUGUACGAACAUCUAGACAACAUGAAAGCCAGAUUUGCAGGGAUUAGUGGUACUUUCGAAAGUAGGCUUCAAGCAAGAGUUUCAGCCUUCAGCGAAGGGGGUCUUGAUUGGAUAUAUCAGAAUGAUAUUGAGCGGGUAUGGAAGGAUUGGUUAGAAAACAAAUCCAAUCCCACAGCAAUCCAAGAAGGUGGAUCUUUUGUGAGCCCUAGUCUUUAGAUAUAGAGAGAUUGGGUACAACGUUCUUGUCUAUAUCGUACCGUAGACGAAGGAUAGAGAG